CUUUCUGUGACGAUCCCGGUAUUGGCCCUUACUCGGCGGACACCCAUGACGCCUACAUGAGGUUUGCCCAGGAGCGUAUUCUCGAACUUGACAAUAUCCUUUGUACCAAAGGCAGAGCCUGGCGACGUCGGCUCGUGGAGCGGACUUACGCCAUUCGCCGCAUGAGAUCACUUCAGACACUUAUCAACUCUUGCUCAAAGACUUCCGUUAGGCAUAAGCUCUUCAGGGACAUCCUGUUUUUGGGCCGUUUAGAAUCUUGCCUUCAGUAUGUUCAUGGAAGCGGCACUGCAUAUACCGGGGUUGGCCCAACUAUCUAUUAUUCUCAUUGAGAACCUCCAACCUUGUUUCUCUUUCAUACGAAUUACCCCCUUUGGUGGAUGCGAUGCAACAUCUAGGUCAGCCUCUGAAUACGACCACUGUCAGGAAAUUUAUUAGCAAAGAGUGGAACGUCAUCAAGGCAGAACUGCGGUUCGAGCAGCUUCAGAGCAAGCUCUCUGGGAAACCUCUUCCUACUCACGCCGAAUUUCAGCUCAUCCUUUACAUCACCAAGACCGCGUAUAGUGAAAACAUCAGAGAGAUGUACCCAUAUAUCGGAUGCAGCAAGUUAUCGUGCCUCCUUUGUGCUGCUUUCAUCAAGCACUUUGCUCUGAAUGGCGUUGCAUUCAGAACGCGUGGGAGUCACGGAAAGAUCUACCCUCGGUGGUCUAUUCCGGACAUGGAUAGAUUGCAUGACGACAUGGUUACAGCUCUCGAUUCUGCGUUAGAGAGAAUGCAAAACCUGCUGCACGACGAGUUCAUGAAACCCAUCGUAUCAACCACCCAUCUCCCUGAAUCAUUUGCUGGAGUUACAGAUGAUACGGAUGAUGAUAUAUCUGUGGUCAAAAAGGAGCUCUGGGAGGAAUUAUUGCGCUAUAACCAACCCCGCCUUGAUCAUUAUGUGGAUUGCUUGCGCAACAAUUUGAAGGCGUUCAAAGCUGCUGGAUCCCUGGACAGCAUUCCACAUUACACCCCUCAACUGUCACAGAAUAAUGAUUUUGAACACAGAACUUUCUGUGACGACCCUUUCAUCGGUCUGUACUCAAAGGCUACUCAUGACGACCACAUGAAGCUUGCGCAGAAGCAUAUCCUCGAACUUGAUGCUAUUCUUUCCGUUGGCGACAGAGCCACCCAGCGGCGCCUUCUCGCUGAUCACGCCUAUGCCAUCCGAAAUAUGUACUCUCUCAAGAUAUUUAUCAAUUCUUGCUCUGAGGUUUCCAUUCGACAUAGGCUUCUGUCAGACGUUCUCGCCUUGGGCCGUUUGAUUGACUGCCUCGUCCGCGCGUGCUGGAUGUACCGUUUGGGUUACCUUGACUACGACACUAUGCAAGAUUUCGGAUUCACAGUGCCAGUGGAGAAACGCAACUCAUUUUUGCUCUAUGGUCUGCUACUGAACGAGUACCAUCCAAAUCCUAGUCUACCCUUGUGCAGUGACUUAUAUUUCGAGUUCGGUUCCGUGACCGGUCGUGGCCUCGAGGGCGAGGAGGUCUUACUCGGGGUGUAUAGGAGUCUCAUCUCUAGAUGCUCUUUCACGGAGUUUUGGACCGCGUUUCAAUCCAACAACCUCAUUGGGUUGAUGGAUGAAAAGGGGCUUGGACCCGAACGCAAGAAAGUCCUGCAUUUCGAGGACUUUAUGAAAAUCAAGCGCAACCAUCUGCGGCCCAGUGUGUGGCGCCUCAGACACUUCGUUCACUCGCAGGAUGUGGACCCUCCGCUAUCUGUCUUUAUGGCCUACGGGUUCUUCAACUGCAUGACAGUUCGAGAGAUAUUCUCUCUCAAAGCGGUGUACAAAGAACUCCUUGAGUCUCCAAGGGUCGAUCCCAUGGAAUUGCGCGCAGCUUGUAUCAAGGGUAGAUUGUAUAAUUUCGGCUCGCAGACAUAACCCGAACCUCGAGCAGGAGUUCAAGACGCUGAUGACCAACAUUUACCCACUACGUAACAAUACUUGGCGGGCAGGCACGUCCCCGGGUGUUCUUUUAUGCUUGGUUUUCUUUUUCCUUUCGAUUUUACUCGCGUACCUCUGGGGUUAAGUACUGAGUCUUCGAAGCAGCCAACAGUACUUAUGGUUAUCUUGGGCUUGUAAAAUGGUUGUCAAGUGCGACUCCGCUAGCGUAGUUUGUUCGUGUCUGCGGCUUCACACCCGCAAUAACUCAAAAUAAGAUACCUGCCUUCUGCAU